CAAAUGGGACAAUUUAUUGAAAGUUUCUAGGAAUUUGUUCAGCUGAGAGCUGAAUGCAAGUUCAAGCACCUGUUUUAUGAAUGGGAUGACUUGGAGGCAGGUUGUAACAACCCAUAAUGAGCUAUAAAUGGAGGAGCUAAUCAGUGCCGAAGUCUUGACUUAAGCUUCAUUAAUGAAGCCUAAGUGGCUGUGGGGGAGCUUCUGUUCACAUGGGAUAGGGAUAAUCCUUCUAGGCAAUACUUUACCAAGAAUAAGUUAGUCAACACUUCCUCUCUCAGAAUGGAUGAGCUCCUCACUGUGAAGGAGGACACACAUUUGAUCAGGUUCACUGGCUCUUCCCUGCCUCGGAUCUUGUCGGAUACAAACUAACUGGCCUGACACAACUAGGAUAUCUGGAUAUCUGCAGUCAAUCAGCGUGGAGGGGGGACUUGCUGGGAUACAGACUGAGCCUGAUCUGGGAUGGAGGGUUUUGACAAGAUGUUGAAUAAUAUAGUGCCUGCGAAACUCAGGGCGUACGUGAAGGACUACUGCAAGAGGAAUGGUCUGCUGACACUCUCGGUCAUUGCUGUCGUGACGGGCUGUGUGCUUGGUUUUCUCCUCAGGUCACUCAACCUGUCCACACAGGCUAAGAUCUACUUCUCCUUCCCUGGAGAACUGCUGAUGAGGAUGCUGAAGAUGCUAAUUUUGCCACUCAUCACCUCCAGCCUUAUGUCCGGCCUGUCAGCCAUGGACACAAAGGCAAGCGGUCGUCUGGGAGUCCUGACCAUCACCUACUACCUGUGGACAACCUUCAUCGCUGUCAUUGUUGGCAUAGUGCUAGUGCUCAUCAUCCACCCAGGAACGGGCUCAGAGAAAGAUGGCCACCAUUCAAGUUCAGGACCUGUUAUGACCUCCGCUGAUGCUCUGCUGGACUUGAUCAGGAACAUGAUCCCAUCAAAUCUAAUUGAAGCAACUUUUCAGCAGUACCGAACAGACCUGGUUCCUAUCGUGCAGACCUCGGAUGUAAAAGACUCUCAGGCCAACUAUGUAUAUGUGAUGCCUGACUAUCACAACCCUCAGCUGGGCCACCCAGUUUUCCUGGAGAUCACCCCUGCUCCCGACAUCAAGUAUAAAAUUGUCCCCAGCACCAGCAAGGGCAUGAACGUCCUGGGGAUUGUCAUCUUCUCUGCCACCAUGGGUCUGCUGCUGGGUAAGAUGGGAGAACGUGGAGCACCGCUGGUCAACGUAUGUCAGUGCAUCAACGAGUGCGUCAUGAAGAUCAUUAACGCUGCAAUGUGGUACUUCCCUUUUGGCAUUGUGUUCCUUGUGGCAGGGAAGAUCCUGGACAUGCAUGAUCCGGCCCACCUGGGAGAGAAGCUGGGCAUGUACUUUAUCACUGUCCUGUCUGGUUUGUUUGUGCACGGCCUCAUCCUGCUGCCCCUCUUCUUCUUCUUCUUCACUCGCAAAAACCCCUUCCCUUAUAUCAGAGGGCUGCUGCAGGCUCUGGUCAUUGCACUGGCCACGUCAUCCAGCUCGGCCACGUUGCCAAUCACCAUGAAGUGUCUCCUGGAGAACUGUGGAGUGGACCGGCAGAUCGCUCGCUUUGUUCUGCCAGUGGGAGCUACCAUCAACAUGGAUGGCACAGCUUUGUACGAGGCAGUGGCAGCCAUCUUUAUCGCUCAGGUCAAUGAGUAUGACUUGGACUUUGGACAGCUGGUUACUAUUAGUAUAACGGCAACAGCAGCCAGCAUCGGGGCAGCUGGGAUACCUCAAGCAGGUCUGGUUACCAUGGUGAUUGUCCUGACCUCUGUGGGGUUACCGCCUGCUGACAUCUCGCUGAUUGUGGCCAUUGACUGGGUUCUCGAUCGGUUCCGGACGAUGAUCAAUGUUCUCGGCGAUGCCCUUGCUGCUGGGAUUAUGGCUCAUUUAUGCAGGAAGGACUUUGAGAGAGCAGCUAGUUCUGCUACAUCUAAUGCCACUGCUUCUGCCAAUAAUGGAGGUGGACCCCAACGGAGAGACACAGUCAUCUCCUUUGGCAAUCAGAGUGUGGCAUUUUCAGAUACUCCUCUCAUCGCACACCGCUGCGACUACGUGUUUGAGGUGGAUGGAGACAAUGUGAUGGAGAGACCCGUGCCCUGCUACAACCUCUGUCAAGUCUGAGACACCUCUAGAAGAUGGACAGCAAGGGAAACUGCCUUCUACAGCACAAAGACUCACCUCUUGGGAACAAAGGGACCAUCAUCUGAGGCCUGGAAAAAUCCAGUUUGGUUAAAAUCCUGUUAUCGUCCUGAAUGAGACCAGUAAUCAAAUAUAUUGUGGUGUCAGGGUUUGGUGGCUGAAAUGGAUUUUGCCUGUGCCUGUGUACUGAAAACAGAAACUUGAUGUACUGUAUGUCUCAAUUCAGUUUAGACAGGAGUUGUGAGGAAAUACAUUAAGUUUUGUAAAGGGGAAUUCUGAAAUGCACGUGUGUUGCACUGAUUAGCGUUUGUCAGUCAGUUUCAGAGCAGGUUCAUAUAGAGCUGUUCUGAUUAAGUUUAUUUGGAGGUUUAGGCUUCAGUCAAGAUUUUGAGAUGCCUUAACUUGAUCUCAGAUUGGACAAUAAUUCUGAGAACUUGAAAGUAAACAGAAACCAAAUAAAUUUUGCUAAAGUGAACUUUUAUCAGUUUAUCAGUUUUAGACUGAAGCAACACUAACAAGAAUAUUUACAUGAUGUUAAUUAGUUGAUAUUUUGUGUUUUUAUACCUAUGCUUUUAAUUUUGUGUUCAUGUUUUCUAAUAAA